AUGGACAACUUCAAGGCUUUCGGCAACAGUCUGACCACUCUCGGGUCGCAGUUCACACCGUUUGCCACGCGAACCUUUCAGUACACCAAGGAGCAGCUUGGUCAAGCUGAGGACAAGACCCAGCUCCCUCCCGACUACAUUGACCUCGAGAAGCGAGUCGAUGCGCUGAAGCAGGUCCACCAGAAGUUGCUCUCCGUGACGACCCAGUACAACAAUGAGUCCUAUGACUACCCACCCAACAUCAAGGAGACCUUUGGCGACCUUGGCCGAACUGUCAGCGAGAAGGUCCAGCUUCUUUCUACUGCCUCGACCCCCGCUGAAGCACAAGCUGCCCUGACCGCACCUCCCUCUGCCAAGCCCCAGCCCAAGACCUUCAGCCACGCUCUUGCGCGUGCCUCUCUCGCCGGCUCGCAGGUUCUGCACCAGCAGCACACCGGCGCUGGUGAGGACCCUCUGGCCACCGCGCUUGAGAAGUACGCACUGGCUAGCGAGCGUGUUGGCGAGGCCCGUCUUGCACAGGAUGCCCAGAUCCAAAGCCGCUUCCUGGCCGGAUGGAACACGACCCUCAACACCAACCUUCAGUUUGCUACUCGCGCCAGGAAGAACGUUGAGAAGAGCCGCUUGACGCUGGACUCUGUCAAGUCUCGCGUCAAGGGUAACACAUGGAAGAUGGGCGCCAACCCCCGAGAGGAGCACCACAACGAGCAGGACCUUACCCCCGAGGCUCAGGAGGAGAUUGAGAAGGCCGAGGAUGAGUUUGUCACUCAGACUGAGGAGGCUGUCGGUGUGAUGAAGAACGUUCUCGACACUCCCGAGCCACUUCGCAACCUUGCUGAGCUGAUCCAGGCUCAGGUCGAAUACCACAAGAAGGCCUACGAGAUCCUCAGCGAGCUUGCGCCUGUCAUUGAGGGACUUCAAGUUGAGCAGGAGGCAGCUUACCGCAAGAGCCGCGAGAGUGCCUCAUAG